CCCAAGGACUACCCAGUGGUGACAGGGUCGGAGCAUUGGAAAAGAAAAUUCCGAAAGUUUUUUAGAGUUAGAGAUUUGGAUGGUGACGGUUAUCACACCAAAAAGACUUUGAGAUGAGCGCACAUCGUGCGGCUUCCUAUAUGAAUCUUAAUGAAAAACAGGCAAAGGAACUAUUAAAGACACGAGUUGCCAUUUUGGAAGUACUUGCAAGUGGUGCACCCGACCCAGAUAAUUUCAAGAUGUCGGAAGAAGAAUUUCUCUCUAAAUUGAUUGCUGGGCUAAACACGACUUUCCGUGAAGCCGCUAUGGGUAUAUUUAAUUGUGAAUUCGAUUCCAUUGAUGUUGAUGGCGACGGUGUCAUCUCCCCAAAAGAGCACAAGGCUUUUUUCUAUGGAUGGGGAAUCCCGACAGAAUACUCGGAGGAUGUCUUCAAGGUCAUGGACACUGACGGCGAUGGCUUCAUUAACAGAGAGGAGUUCAUCGAAGCACACGCCGAUUUCAUGUUCAGCGAAGACGAAAACAGCCGAUACAAUGAUUUCUUUGGUUCUCUUGAUUAA